UGAGGCUGUGUGAAUAUUUGUGAAUAGUGUGUGUUGUUUUUAAUUGAUGAGUGAGCGAGAGUCCAGCUCCACUCAUUCGCAGCUCAUGAGGAGCACCAUUCCCUGGGUCACCUUCUGCCAGAACACCCCUCUCCCUGUGAUCUGAGAGACAAAACCUCUGCUGGAUGAGGAGCCACACUGGACUCCUGGAGUAUGGGAGGUGGAAAAUAAGAGACUUGGAGGAUCAGUGAGCGUCUUUUUGUAACUUUUUGGACCUGCUUUGCUUUUUGGAUUGACUGCCGACUGACUCUGGACCGAUGGGUUCAGCUUUUAAGAGGUUCUGCGUGCAGUUCUGCUGCUGCUGCUGUGCUGCGGAUGACGGCGACGAUGAUGAAAAGCAACCUUUAGUGCCUCAGGAUCCAUUAGAGUAUUUUAACCGUGAAGUCCAGAAGAGACGUGAUGAGGAGACCAACUUAUGGAGUGAGCCAGGAGACCCGAGCCACUCGGAGAGAGAGGAUGACCGGGUCCUUUAUGGCCUGCUGCAGGCCAGGAACAAGACCCGCAUGGGAUCCACGGGCUACCGCCGUCUGAGUGUGGACAUCGAGGCCAUGAGAGAUACUCGUCGAGAAGUCAGAGAGAAAUGGAAGAUGCUCCUGGAAAACUUAGGUUUUAUGGCGGAGGCAGACUCUCUGCUCACAGUGUCUGCAGGAGGCUCACAUGACCGCAUGCGUAAUGCCCCUGCAGCCCGUGCCCUGCUUCAUACACUCCACACUGAGACCUCUGUCUUUUACAGCAGAGAGCCGCCACCUGAAAGAUAUCUAUUCAUCCUGGACCGUCUCCUGUACCUCGAUAUAGCUGAAGAUUUUCUGGCCAAUGCGAAGCGUUUCUAUCCCCCAACUGAUGAUUCUGACGAGGAGACCCCAGGUCUCACCGUGAACCUGCCGCUGCUGCUGGCCCGGGUGGAACAAGCCAUGAACGGACGAGACGACGAAGACGAUGAGGGUCCCAGUGACAGAGAAGAUGGAAACCUGAGUGACAGAUCCUAAGAGCCACAGGCUGCAGUAACAAUGGACACUAACAGGGGGCAGUAGUCAACAAGCCUGAAGACCAUGACAGAAUAAGAUCUUUCCUUUGUUGCCUCUUAAAAUGCUGAAGUGAAGUAAUUUUCAGCACAGCUUGAGUCUUUAUUGUUUCUGUGCUGAGAUUUUGAACAGGCUGAGCAGAUCCUCAGGUAAACAUACACAGAGAUGUUUUCCACUUGAAGCAUUUUUUUCUGUCUCCACAGUAUUUAUCAAGUCAGUUCCCUGUUAUUUGUUCAGCUGUUGUUAACCUUCAGGGUGUGAUUCUUGCUGCAGAGCCUUUUAUAUGGGGUCCUGUGAUUAUCAGCAUUGAUCUGAUCCAGUCACAUGGCCAUAAAACAUUGAAGAAAGAGCCCUGUAGUCAGGUUUUUUCACAAGCAUAGAUAGUUAAGACGCAUUGAAGUCUGAAAAGUAGCCGAUGAAAGACAGAAUAUGUUGAAUUUUUUUGUGUGAUUGUGACAUAGGUUUAAGAUUUCAUAAUUCAUGCAUUAGUGUGUUCUGGUGUCAAGUUCAGGAUGAAAUAAAGCCGACAGUCUGUUAUGU